UAGAAAAACUACGUAUCCCGUGAUGUUAGUAGCGCCAUCAUUGUUUUCUGACGUAUGACCGUCGAACAUUCUUGUAUUUUCCCUUCGGUAACUCCAUCUUAAUGAAAUGAAAUGCGUUGCUGUUAAAUUUAAAAGCAAAGUGGCAUCAAAUGCAAAUAAUAAAUUAACAAGUCGCUUUUUAUAUCCUUUAAAAAAAAGCACAAAACAACUUAGCGUUUCUAAACUAAAAGCAUGUGGCUGUCCGUGGGCUCCAGGCCGCUGCUGACCCGAUAUCCUCAGUACCGGGAGGUAGGUUCGGCUGGGUUUGGGUUACACAAUGCAGUUAGGAUGGUAAGUGUUGCUCCGGGAAAGGUGAAGCUUAAUUACUGUCGCACCGAACACCAGAUCGCUGCUUUCACGUCCAGCUUGUCAGUGAGCGAGUGUCCUCAGCCCUGUGACUGUGAGGCCAAUAAUGUCAAAAUUAAGACGCAGUACCUGCACCUGACCACACGAUGGAGCCCAAAGUUGAAUGAGUUAAAGUACUCAAAUUCUGCCACCGGACAGAGCUCCAAUCACGAACAAUACGAAAGAAGUCAGAAAGAAAAGAGGACUCCAUUUGGGAAUGUUACACCUGUAGGUGUCAUCUCAGUUGCUGCCCUGGCAUACUGCCUGAAAAAAGAUUCAGAUUUAAAAGGAGAGGCAUUGCUGGAAGCAGCCAGGACCAAUAAUGUCCAGGAAAUCAGCAGGUUGCUGGCUGCGGGGAUCGACCAGAACAUUCGCCACCGACUGGGCUGGACUGCACUGAUGGUGGCAGCGAUGAGCCGCAACCACAAUGUGGUGAAAAUUCUGCUAGCAGCUGGAGCUGAUCCAAACCUAGGAGAUGAGUUCAGUAACGUCUAUGACACGUCCAGGGAGAAAGGGAUCCACUCUCUGGAAGUGAUGGUGACUCGGGAGGAUGAGUUCAGUAAUCGGCUGAAUAACCGGGCCAGUUUCCGUGGCUGCACUGCGCUUCACUACGCUGUCCUGGCAGACGACCUGCGCACUGUACAGAUUCUUCUGGAGGCAGGUGCCAACCCCCUGCUGGCCAAUGAGAUGGGGCACACGCCGCUCAUGUAUGCCAAGGAAGGGGAGAUGCUGAAGCUGCUCAAGGACUGGGAGGUGAAGUUCCAGGAAGUUCAGCGGCGUCGGGAAGCUGAGGAGAGGAGGAGGUUCCCGCUGGAGCGCAGACUGCGAGAGCACAUCAUCGGCCAGGAGGGCGCUAUAAACACCGUGGCUGCAGCCAUCCGGAGAAAGGAGAACGGCUGGUACGACGAAGAGCAUCCCUUAGUCUUCCUUUUCCUGGGGUCAUCUGGAAUUGGUAAAACAGAACUAGCGAAGCAGGUGGCCAGGUACAUGCACAAGGAUGCCAAAAAGGGGUUCAUCCGAAUGGACAUGUCAGAAUUCCAAGACAAACAUGAAGUGGCCAAGUUUAUCGGCUCCCCGCCAGGCUACGUGGGCCACGAAGAAGGGGGUCAGUUGACCAAGAAGCUGAAGCAGUGUCCAAACGCAGUGGUGCUGUUUGACGAGGUGGACAAGGCCCAUCCAGACGUUCUCACAGUCAUGCUGCAGCUCUUCGAUGAGGGCAGGCUGACGGAUGGUAAAGGGAAAACCAUUGAAUGUAAAGAUGCCAUCUUCAUCAUGACGUCGAAUGUGGCGAGUGAUGAGAUCGCUCAACAUGCAUUGCAGCUGAGGCAGGAGGUCCAGGAGCUGAGCAGAAGGAGGAUAGCGGAGAAUCUAGAUGAUGUUCAGAUUGGUGACAAAAUCACCAUAUCGAAACAGUUCAAGGAGAAGGUCAUUCGUCCCAUAUUGAAGGCUCAUUUCCGGAGGGAUGAGUUUUUAGGUCGGAUCAACGAGAUUGUUUACUUCCUGCCAUUCUGCCACUCUGAACUGAUCCAGCUGGUCAACAAGGAGUUGAACUUCUGGGCAAAAAAGGCGAAGCAGAGACACAACAUCACCCUGCUGUGGGACCGGGAGGUGAUGGAUGUGCUAGCAGGGGGAUACAACCUUCACUACGGGGCACGCUCCAUCAAACACGAGGUGGAACGGCGAGUUGUGAACCAAUUAGCUGCUGCACAUGAGCAGGAGCUCCUCCCCCACGGCUGCACGCUCCGCCUCUCCGUCGAUGAGAGUGACCGCUGUGGCCUGUGGGGUGGGGGGGACAGCGAGAGAGAGGCCCGGAGCCCAGCCCUGCGUCUGGAGAUUGUUGGAGAGGACAGUACUGCCCGCAAACUGGACAUCAGGCCCCCACUCAUCCCAGAGGAACUGGCCUUCUCUCUCUGACCUCCUCCCCUACACCACAGCCGGGGAGCCACAUCACAUCGUCAAGGCCACAAAUGCAUGAACAGCAGUUUACAAUUGUCUUGUGAGGAAAGUAAUACAUAGAACACAGAAUACCAGUUUGGAAUGCAUUUCAUCAAGGGGGGUUCUGGUGACAUCACCACAACAGCUCUGCUUUAAUGGUUUGUCACAAGGAUCAUCAUUCGGAAUUAUAAGAGUGUAAUACGUUGAAGUUAUUUAAACAAAAAAUAUGAAAACUUUAUUUUGUAUUUAAAUUCUUGCACUUAUUCGUGUGUUACAGCAAGGGGUUCUGGUUACAUUUUUGAAGAUUUUGGGGUAGUAGAAAUGUGGCUUUAUCAGGUAAAAUCCACACAUCAGAACGCCUAAUAUUAAAUAAUUACUGGGUAAAACGUGGGGGUCAUUUUGAGUUUUUUAAUGCUUUUCUAAAUGUGGUUUGCCAUUUACAGGGGUCGGGGCAUUCAAACUGUAAGUGAGGGUGCAGCAAAGAAUACAGAAAUACAUGUUUUGUGAAGAAAUGUGAGAAAAUAUUUCAACUAACUUAUGUGAUCUCACCCAGGAUAAAUAUUCAGGCAUAAGACUGAGUAUUAAACAACAAUUGAAAGGGGGAUCAAGAUCUGAAUGAAUUACAAGCAUUCAGGCUUAUGCACAUUCUCGUGGUUAUGGAUAUUCUACUCCCAUUAGAAUUCUAUAUAUUACAUGUGUGGACCAUCCUGCAAUUUGCUUCAGUUUUUUUUUCUGUAGGUCAGUAAAAUCUCAUUACAAUUGCAUAUCCUGGUAUGUAUUGCAACUAGUGAGAUCUUCUUUUAUUUAUUAUCCUACUGAAAUAAAAUAGGUUGGAUGUUUCAGCUUAAAAGAAAGGAACAUUAUCUCAAUAUAUACAGUACAGUAUCAAAUACAAUGUUCAAAUGACUGAAA